AUGAAAGAACAGGUUCUUGAAACGGCCCCUCGAAAAAUUAAGCAUAUCCAAUUUAGUGUACUUUCUCCUCAAGAGAUCGUCAAAAAUUCUCAAUUGGUGAUUACCCACCGCGAUCUUUUCAAUGAAAAUAGAGCUCCGAUGGAAAAUGGCGGAACUUCGGAUCAUGACAUACUCUGUGAAACAUGUGGUGAAAGAAUGGCACAGUGUAUUGGCCAUUUUGCAUAUCUGAAACGAAUAAGAAGUUCCAAAGAGCCUUCAGCACGCGGGAAAAUAGAAAAAGCUAUAAAUGCAUUAUGUAAAAAAACUGUGGAUUGUCCUUACUGCAAUGCGAUUAAUGGACCCGUAAAAAAAGUUGCCGCAAUUAAGAUUGUUCACGAGAAAUUUAAACCAAAGAAAGCGCAUGAAGAACAAGAAAAUUUUAAAACCACUUUCGUUAAUGCUGUAGAGUCCAUGCCGGAAUUAAAAGCCCAUUUACAUAAGGCACAAGAAGAUUUAAAUGCGAUGAAAGUACUCGAGUUAUUUAAAAAAAUAUCUGAUGAGGAUUGUGAACUACUCGGAUUGGAUCCACAAAAUGCGAGGCCAGAACUUUUUAUAUGGCAACGAAUUCCAGUACCACCUGUUGCAAUUCGCCCUUCAAUUGCUCAGGAUAACGCAAGUACAGAAGAUGAUUUAACUGUGAAAUUGUCUGAAAUUGUCCAAACGAACACUAAUAUUGCUGCAGCCUUGAGUAAAGGAAUCACUAUCUCACAGCUGAUGCCGUGGCGGACAUUUCGUUUCAACGAAUGUGUAUGCACACCUUAUAACGCUGAUUUUGAUGGUGAUGAAAUGAAUCUUCAUGUCCCUCAAACAGAAGAGGCACGUGUUGAAGCAAUAGAAUUAAUGGGUGUUAAGAACAAUUUGGUUACACCUAGGAAUGGAGAUCCAAUCAUUGCCGCCAUUCAAGACUUUAUAACUUCUUCGUAUCUGAUUACAAAGAAAGAUGUAUUUUAUAAUCGUGCUCAGUUUACGCAAAUUUGUUCAUAUAUGGCGGAUGCUGAUUUACAUAUUGAUGUUCCCCCGCCAGCAAUAUAUAAGCCAAUAAGACUUUGGACUGGUAAACAAAUUUUUAAUGUGUUAAUGCGUCCAAAUAAGAGUUCAUCAGUUUUGGUUAACCUCGAAAGCAAAGGACGAUCAUUCGAAAAAAGUUUUUCUAUUGGAAUUAAUGAUGUACAACCUGGAGAAAUAUUACGGGAGAAAAAAGAUAAACUCAUUACAGAUGCAAACAAGGCAUGUGAUGAUCUUAUUGAACGUUCUAAAUCAGGAAAACUCGAGAAUCAACCUGGUUGUAAUGAGGAACAAACGUUAGAAGCACAUAUAUCUGGCAUAUUGUCAAGAGUCCGUGACGAUGCUGGUCAAAUUUGCAUGACUGAAUUAAAUAAACAUAAUGCUCCUUUAAUAAUGGCAACAUGUGGCUCUAAAGGUUCGAAAAUUAAUGUGUCUCAGAUGGUUGCUUGUGUUGGUCAACAGAUUAUUAGUGGAAGCCGAAUUCCAGAUGGAUUUCAAGAUCGUUCUUUACCACAUUUUCCAAAGCACUCUAAGACUCCGGCUGCUCGUGGAUUUGUCAGAAAUAGUUUUUAUAGCGGAUUAACACCUACUGAAUUUCUUUUUCACGCCAUAUCUGGUAGAGAAGGUCUUGUAGACACUGCUGUCAAAACUGCAGAAACUGAAGAUCUUGCUAUACAUUAUGACAUGUCAGUGAGAAAUUCUUCAGGUGGACUCGUCCAAUUUUGUUAUGGUGACGAUGGACUGGACCCUGCAUAUUUAGAGGAUGAAGUUCUCCCAGUCGAUCUUAAACGUAAUUUGCAGCACACAAUUAAUAUUGUGCCAUGGGGCAAUGACCCUGGUCUUUUACCAUACGAAAUAAAAGAAGUUACAGAUCUUAUAUUGGAUAGCGAUGAAUUUCGCAAGUCUUGCACACAAUCAUACAUAGAAUCUUUGCAAAAAUUUAUUAGUCAAGAAUUAAUUGAAAAACUUGUUUCGUUACGUCAAUACUAUGGCUUGAUAAGUGCUGAUGAAAGACCUAACGAUGAAUAUUGUGAUAUAGAUCCUAAUGCCAUAGGGUCAGAUUCUGUAAAGGCAAUCGUGGAUCAUAAACUUAAAAUUACUGAACGUCAGCUUCGAAAAUUUUUGAGUAUUUGCUUACAAAAAUUUGUUAAAGCGAAGAUUGAACCAGGUUCAUCAUACUUCAUUUGUCUUAUCCUCAAUCUUAAUGAAUUUUGUUGCGUUAAACUUCGUAAUAAUUCAUUUGUAGGAACUGCUGUUGGUGCGUUGGGCGCCCAAUCUAUAGGCGAGCCCGGCACUCAAAUGACGCUAAAAACUUUCCAUUUUGCCGGUGUUGCAUCCAUGAAUAUCACUCUCGGCGUACCGCGUAUAAAGGAAAUCAUAAAUGCUUCGAAAACAAUUAGUACACCAAUUAUUACUUGCAAACUAGUCAAUGAUUCUGAUGUGAAAUCUGCUAGAAUUGUUAAAGGACGAUUAGAAACAACCUAUCUAGGGGAUAUUGCAAAAUAUAUUGAUGAGAUUUAUGAACGAGACUCCUGUUACCUUGCUAUUAAGUUAGAUUUAGACGCCAUACAAAAACUUCAGUUGGAAACAAGCAUUAAGGAAAUAGCACGAGCCAUUGUUAAUGACCGAAAGUUGAAGUUGGAAAUCCAAGGGAUUCGGAUAGUGGAUAAUGACGAAAUUGAUGUAUAUGUCCCAGAACGAGAUAGUUCAAGGAGACAGGAAUUAGAUAGACUAUAUUUUCGUUUGCAAGUCUUGAAACGGUCAUUGCCAAAAGUUAUAAUCAAGGGUAUUCAAACAGUGACAAGAGCAGUCAUAAGUGAAGCAAAGGCAGGGAAAAAACAAUUACUCGUUGAAGGUUACGGUCUUCGAGAAGUAAUGACGACUGAAGGCAUAUUUGGUACAGAAACAACUAGCAAUAAUGUCAAUGAAGGAGAAGUAUUGGGGAUUCAUCGGUUUGGUAUUUCCAACAUGAAAAGUAGCGUUCUGAUGUUAGCUUCGUUUGAAAAGACGACGGAUCAUCUUUUCGAUGCUGCCUUGCAUAGUAAACGUGAUUGUCUUGAAGGUGUGAGCGAGUCUAUUAUCAUGGGAAUGCCUAUGCAACUUGGAACUGGAUUGUUCAAAUUGAUAAGAAAGUCUCAUCUCGUUCGACAGAGCGGCCCCCCUGAAGUCCGGUUACAUGAUCGUCGAUGA